AUGGCGGGGCACCUGGCUUCCGACUUCGCCUUCUCACCCCCACCGGGUGGUGGAGGCGAUGGGCCAGGAGGGUCGGAGCCAGGAUGGGUUGACCCUCGGACCUGGCUGAGCUUCCAGGGACCUCCUGGCGGGUCGGGAAUCGGGCCGGGGCUUGGCCCUGGGGCGGAGAUGUGGGGGGUUCCCCCGUGCCCCACGCCGUAUGAGUUCUGUGGGGGUAUGGCCUACUGUGGACCUCAGGCUGGAGUGGGGCUGGCGCCCCAAGGAAGCCUGGAGAACCCCCAGCCCGAGGUCGAGGUGGGAGCCGGGGUGGAGGGCAACUCCGAGGGGGCCUCCCCUGAGCCCUGCGCUGCCCUGCCUGGGGUCGUGAAGCUGGACAAAGAGAAGCUGGAGCCAACCCCCGAGGAGGAGGCGAGUGAGGACAUGAGAGCUCUGCAGAAAGACCUUGAGCAAUUUGCCAAGCUCCUGAAGCAGAAGAGGAUCACCCUGGGAUAUACCCAGGCCGAUGUGGGGCUCACUCUGGGCGUUCUCUUUGGGAAGGUGUUCAGCCAAACAACCAUCUGCCGCUUUGAGGCUCUGCAGCUCAGUUUGAAGAACAUGUGUAAGCUGCGGCCCCUGCUACAGAAGUGGGUGGAGGAAGCUGAUAACAAUGAGAAUCUGCAGGAGAUAUGCAAAGCGGAGACCCUUGUGCAGGCCCGGAAGAGAAAGCGAACGAGUAUUGAGAACCGAGUGAGGGGCAACCUGGAGAACAUGUUCCUGCAGUGCCCAAAGCCUACCCUGCAGCAGAUCAGCCACAUCGCCCAGCAACUUGGGCUGGAGAAGGAUGUGGUCCGAGUGUGGUUCUGCAACCGUCGCCAGAAGGGCAAACGAUCAAGCAGUGACUAUUCUCAACGAGAGGAUUUUGAGGCUUCUGGGCCUCCUUUCUCAGGGGGACCCGUAUCCUUUCCUCUGGCACCGGGGCCCCAUUUUGGUACCCCAGGCUAUGUGGGCCCUCACUUCACUACGCUGUACUCCUCAGUCCCUUUCCCUGAGGGUGAAGCCUUUCCCUCUGUGUCUGUCACUGCUCUGGGCUCUCCCAUGCAUUCAAACUGAGGUGCCUGCCUUCCUGCCACAGGAGGGAGAGC